AUGUUGAGGCAGCUGUCAUAUUUUAAUGCAGAAGAAAACGACACGAAAAGUCAGACGAAAUACCUAAACAGUUCGGAAUGUGUUGCUGAAAAUGAACAUGACAAAGUAACACCCGUGAAGAAGAUUGUUGCAGAAGAGUUCAUCACACAGUUGUUGCUGGUUAUAGUGGAGGGCUCAAAACACUGCAACUACAUCUAUGGCAUAUCAGUGGGUGUUCUGACCUCAGAUAAUAUCAAAUGUGAUGCAAAAGAAGCAGCUGAUGGUACACUGCAGCUGAAAUUGACUCCUAUUGAUUCAGGUUUAUCCAUACAACAUGUUAGUUGUGGUCUUGAGCACACAGUACUCUUGUCACAACAUGGAGGGAUUUUUACCUUUGGGUGUGGAAGCCGGGGUCAGCUGGGUCACGGUGCUCUAGAAAGUGAAAGCCAGCCUCGAAUGGUUGAGGACCUUGAGGGUAUGAGGUGUGUGUGUGUAGCAGCAGGAGGAUGGCACUCAGCUGCUAUUUCAAUAGAUGGGGAUCUGUAUAUGUGGGGCUGGAAUGAAUCUGGGCAACUGGGACUGCCCAGCCCUGCCAUACAGCAAAAGAAAUGCAAGCAGAUGCAGGAAGAUGAACAGAGAGAGGAACAUCAGCAUGGUUGUAGUCUCCAUCUAUGCCCAGAGUAUGUGCCCAUCGGUUCAGAAUCUAUUAUCUUGGUGGCAGCAGCCUGUGGAACUAGACAUACAGCUGUGCUGUCAGGAUGUGGUAAGGUUUUCACUGCUGGUUGGAACAGAUAUGGACAGCUUGGACACCACCAUGCUAACAACAUGGACAAAUUUCUUCCUGUCCACUUUUCAGACAUAGAAACAACAGUCCAGCAGGUGUGGUGUGGAGCUUGGAAUACAGCCUUUUUGUUAACUGAUAUUAAAUCUUAAGGUACAAGUGAUUGCAUUCUCAGAAUAUGAAUAAACAUUGUCAUCAGUCAGUUUUGUUCCCUUCUAAAUCACUGUUAAGCACCUUAAAAAUAAUGUUAUUGUAUAGAAUGAUAUAUUUGCAUCAGUUUUUAAUCUUAUAAUUUUGUAAUAAUUUUUCAUGGAAAAAAAGGACAUGUAAAACUAGGAUUUGUGAAUUUUACUUAUUUCUCAAUGCAAGUUGUCAAACAAUGGCCUGAUCCUUUAAGAGUUGGUUUAACAUGCAGUCUGUGAAUACAAAUUCCCUCUAUCCACUGACUUACAUUUCUUGGAAGAAGAAGCCCAAAAACAAACUUAAAGAAAAAAUGUAAAGAGAGUGCAGAAAAUAAGCAGACAACGAUCAUUUGUUUAGAUUUGUAUUUUAAUCCUCCUUUUUGUUUCCUGUUAACAGAAUUAAAAUGUCAACAAUUUUCACAUAUAACAAUAACAGUAUCCAACCAUUUUGGAGCGGAAUGCCACUCCCACACACAAUACUGGAAUUUUUAUUGAUGUUUCCAGAUUCCCUUAAAACUGCUGACAGGGAUGAGGCAUAUAUUUUCAGAGAAAGUGUAAAAAAAUAACUAGCAUUUAAAUAACUUCAGUUUUGUAACGUUGAAAAUGAAAAAAAUUAUGUAAAUUAAACAAGUGAAAUUAGGAAAUGAAUCUCUUAAUAGAAUUUUAAGGUACCCUUUAAAAAUAUUUUUUUAAAGAAGGCAAAGAGAGAAAGUAUGUGUGUGUUUGUGUGUAUUUGUGGAUGUGAACUGGUCUGUGCCCAUGCAUGUGUGUACAUGCAAACGUGUUGAGUUUUCUUCUCAUAUGCCUUACUAGGGUAAAAUCACUGUUUUAUAAGAUUCCCAUUGGGAAUAACAGAAUUCAGUUAAUACUGUUCUGUCAAUGACCAUAUUAAAAAAAAAUUACCCAAAAUAUGUGGCGUCAAGACUUCUAUUAAAAAAAAAAUCAGGAUGGUUACUAGCUCUGACUCAGUUGUUGUAACCCUUUGAUGAAUGCUUAUACAUUGUACCAGUCUUUGGUAUGGUAAGAUAAAGCACACUAUUGCACAUUUGAUAUCAUAAAUCAUAUGAUAUUGCACAUUGACUCAUGAAUUAUAUACCUUUCACUUUGAAACCAUCAUAAAAGUUGUAAGUCAUAGACUGCAAGACAAUGAGAAACAGAAUAAUAAUCAUCAAGACUAUAGAAACAAACAAAUAAAUUUGAUCAUGCAGAAGUGCCAUUUAAAUUUGCUUAAUGAAACAAAAAUUAGUUAAAGCUUAGUAACAAGAAUUAAAUAAUGCUGUUAUUUAACUGGUAUUAUUUUAUGGAAGAGCACAUGAAGAGGAUUAUAUUCACUAUCUAUAAGGUAAAGAAGUUCUUUAGGCUGGUGGUUUGUGUGUUGCACAUGGUAGGUCACUGGCUUGAGGCCCCUGAUUGGAAAAGGUCUCAUCUCUUUCCCCCCACAUAACUACCUGAUCAUGGAGGAUGAAAGGCAGUGGAAAGAGAGGAGUGGGCCCCAUAUUUCACAUGCUAUGCCUUAGAUAUGAUGAACCACUUGCAAUUCACUGCUUUUAGGGCUGUUACACUGUAUUACCUUUUCUUCUUCAAAGUUACUAAAAGAAAAAAAAAGUCACAUGGAUAACAUGAUUUGUGAAAAUCUAGGAGGCGACACGCUGAUAGGUCACUUACCAUACAGCAUUUUCUAGAUUCUUUGAGAAGGUAAAAUAAUGUGAGGAACAUAUGGCUCUUACUGUAAAGACGAAAGCAUGGUUUCCAUAACAUUCAAUGCACAAUUCAACAAGUGAUAUACAUGCAAAGCCUACAUGAAAAUACACAACCAUACUUUCAAAUUUAACUGAGGAGGUAGGAGACUUGACUGUCAUACUAUUUUCAAAACUUUAGAAUUGGCUGAAAUUUAUUUACCUAGUGAACUUCUAGUUUUCAAUGCCUUCAGCAGAUAUAACUGUUGUUAUUAUUGAGCAUGAAUACUUGUGUGAAUGUGUGUAUACUGCUAAAUCUGUACAGUCUGCUGAAGUUUUAACACACUUGUUAACUGUAUCCAAGUACUACGACUAUUAUUUGUAUAAGUUUAAGUUUUAAAUAGUGUAUAUUAAUUACCGACUUCAUAUUAAAUUAUUGUGCUUUUAUAUGAUGGUACACAGUUGAAUGAGGAUGUGUUAAUGAUUGGUCUUUGGUUUCAAUAUUUCGAAGAGCCUACCUAGAAACUGUUUUAAAGAAAGUUGAUACAAACAGAUAAUUUGUGAAUACGAAUACAGCACAUAAUUUGUAUAAAUGUAGCUCAUAAAUGGGGUGUAUGGGAUGGACAGACAGGGGUAGUAGCUCUGGUGUGGGAAACUGUUGUGUUCUUAGGAUAGCUCAUGCAUCGGUAGUCCCUUCGUCCUAUCACCAGUACCUGCAGAAGCUGUUUGCCUGCAACAGCAUGUGCACCCUGCCUGUUAAACCUGGUGAUGGUAGCUGGAGGGUCCCAAACCCAUAGUGACCAAAUUCAGGUUGUCUACCAUGGUAUGCAAGGGGCUGUCUACCCUAGUAUGUCAGGGUUUCUGUAUACCCUAUACAUGUAGUAUGUUAAAGACUGGGCCCGGUAGACAAUGUGAAAGCCACUGGCCCAUCACAUAAUAAGGCGACCCCAGCAGUGGAGUACACUAAUGGCAUUGUGAGACACAUGAUAUCCUGGCCAUCCACAUCAUCCCGACCUGUCUCCAACUGUCUGGACUGCCGAAUCCUGGACUACUCAGGUCCUAGGGUCAUCGUGUCCGAACUGAACCUGUGCAUCCUGUCGAAGCGAAGGCCACAGGGACAGAGGAAUACAAGGAAGAACAAUGUCUACAAAUUGUCGAUCAACAGAAAUGCAAAAAAGUUCACUUUUGCCCUGGCCAGAAAGCUGCAGGACAUCCCCUGCGUCGAGUCUGGCAUUGAGAAAUCCUUCCAAGAUGUAGUCCACUCAGUUAAUUUUGGAACACCUUGUGUCACCAGCCGUCAUCAAGAAUGAAUUGACAAAGUCACGUAGAAAUCAAGGUAAUACUGUUAGAGAAAGGCAGACAUUUCUGCGCACAUCACAAUGACUACAACACCCCAUAAGAGGGAGCACACUUCAGCUUUGGAGCCAAGGUAAAGAAGAGGCUUGGCGAGAUUUGACAGGAGGAAAGCUGCCGAAAACACGACCUCAAGCUCUUCUACAAUGUUUUCAAAGCUCUGGUCCACAAUCAUCGUCCCCGAUCCUGAGUGAUGAUGAGACAAAGCUUCUAACUGAAAAGCAACACCUGCAUUCGACGGUGCCCUAAGCCGCCCCCCCUCCUCUAAUAAUAAUGAAAACAUUGCCUGCUUUCCCCAAGGUGGAGACGAACUACAACUUUGACCCGCCACCCAAAGAGAGGGUUGGUGAUCGGUGUUUUACGAAGCCAGCAACUAAGGCUAUAUCCACAAGAAGCCAGCCAGCCCUGUAAACAGAUGCCACAAUCAGAGAAAGAACAGCGUGCCUGAGACGAGAGCUGAACUCAGGACAGACAACCUUCACUGUGUUGGUGACAGGCGCUAACCGUUGCGCCACCAGACCUUCCCCCAUCCACACCCGCCACCCAAAGAAAAGGAAGUCAACAAGGUCAUCAUGCAAUCAGAUGGCAACUACCGAGCUUCACAUAGCAGUUGGUGUGACUUUGUUGCAGCAGACGACCCAUUCAUGUGGAAUGAAACUCUGAGCAACUCCAGGAUGCCAGCACAGACACGUCUACUAAGUGCAGCCGCCAGUCCUGCAAAGGAUCAGUGAUAGUUCUUUGCUUUCCAUAGCAGGCACAAUCCUGGCACGACUCUUCUACAAUCACCUCUCAAGAAGGACAUUCUCCUCAAAGCCAAUCCGGCCCUGUGCUGGGAGAGUGGCGGGUGGCGGGUGGGGUCGAGGGGAAAGGACCUCUCCAGUUUCUAGAGCGUGAUCCACCCUGCGCCAAGCGGACUCAGCCUAUUACUCGUGAAACAGCGCAGACCCACCCCGCUGGCAAACACUGAGGAGACACCACUGGAACAUUGCCGAACACAACAGAUAAGAGGUUAAUGUCAGAGAUUUCUCACAUCCUCUGUCCUAACAAAAAUACUAAAACACACACACACUCCCCCGCAUCAUGCACUCGCUGCUUCAGUCGCAUACCCAGCCAUCACUACGACCGCAAUAAUCCACCCUUGAAGCGGUGACUACAACUUUAACUGCUGACAACGAACAGACGAACGAAUAAAUAGAUAAAUACCGUCUGGCCUUGGAAAUAGAAAUUUCUUAAAUAGAACCAGUAAUUUCGGAUUUAUGAGCAUCGCAACUGUAGAAUUGUAGACAAAAAGAAGAAGACAAUAAAGUGACGAGAUGUGCGUCAAAUGUCCAGAGCGGGUUUUUCAAUAAUAAUAAAUAAUAAUAAUAAAAAAAAAACCUCCCACAAAAAUGUCAACAAUAAAUCUACCGACUUUUGUUGUCGAGGGCGAGGGCGGGAGAGCAGGUCGCGGUGACAGACACUUCUAACGAUUCGUGACGUCUGCGUUGGCGUCUUCUGUGCACGUCACCCAAGAAUAACAACAAUAAUAGUAAAUCACAGCCGUGCAGUGUCAGCAGUUUCUGUAGUCAGUUGCUGUAGCUUCACAGCUCAAGAAAUUCGUUUGACAAAAUGACCUCCAUUAACACUUGUGGAACUGAUUAUUUAAUUAAUGGCCGGGCUUUGCUGACAUCAUCCCCCACCUACUAAUAAACAUUACAUUCUCAGAAAGGGUAGGGGGUAGCAGGGAUUUAAAAAAAAUCCCCUGUGCAUCAUUUACCAACCUGCACCCUUAAUGUGUCUGGAAUGGAGAAUGACAUGAGGGGGCGGCUGAGCUCGGCUUGAAGACAGAUGGUAGGACGCGGACAGUCGUGUGUCCAGGGUGGGCAGAAUGCCGCAGUCGCAAGGCCUCAUGGUUAUUGAUGUUUGACCACGGAAUGAGCCUGAAAUUUUAUAACAGUCGUGUACAAUGAGCACAUUGAACUCGCCUCCGCACACAGAAAUAAGUUUUACAAAUUUAUUAUUAUUAUUUGGUUGGCUCUGUGUCCAGCCAGUGAACGGCAGACAUCACACUGACAGGUGAAGAAAUCUCGGUCAUGCUGACCAGUAGAAGGUCGAUCAUCUGUCUUGAGAGAAUCCAUUCAGUGUGGGGUGUCCACAAGAAAACUCGUUGGCAGCAGACGUCAAUGGAUGUCCUGGACCGGAAGUGAUCUUGAAAAGCAAGAUGGCGUCUUGACCGUUUGUUGUUAAUUAGAGACGGAGGUGUUGGAAGUACAGUUAACGAGGGAGACAUGGAAUCACCGCGGAAUAAGAACGAUUCUCAGUAUUUCUUUGGCUACAAGAGGACUACAAACACCUACAAACUUUAAAGGAAAGGUGUGUGUGUGUGUGAGUGAGAGAGAGAGAAGUUUUUGUGCUAGUAUAACUCAGCUGGUGAUGUUGAUAAACCUGUCCAGCAACUUACCAGCUGAAAGGUCAACCUCAACCAAGCUGUUCAAAAUUUAAGAUGGACGAGAACAUUGUGCGUUGAUGAUGAAAGCUCGUUUCAAACUUGACUUCAACGAGCAGGUUGUACCUUGAUGCUAAGUCCCUCUUCCCGAAGCACACAUACAAAGCUAACAGGUCUGCACACUUCGUGCCACGAGAAAACCAAUUAUCAAACUAUUCAAACAAAUUAUUUUGUCGACCAUUUCGAAGAAGUGCGGCAAUGGGGCCAGUCAAUGUAUUGGAUGAAAACUGCCUCACGACAAAAGAUCACGAAAGAACACUGUGAUGAAUAAUGAAGUACACACCCGAAAUGGUUUACUCCCCCUCAAAAAAAAAAAAAAAAAAAAAAAAAAAAA